AUGGUCUAUCAUACCAUGAAGGCAGUAAUGGCACCAAGAUUGAAAAGUGAAAUGAAUUAAAUGAUGAUUUUGGGCAGAGAUUAAAAGUCAUUCAUAAUGGUGAAUAUGAAAAUGGUAAUAAAAUUUGGUAAACAGAAGGUGUUACUUUUGCAGUUAAAUUAUAUAUUUUUGAUAUUUUUAGUGUAUAUUUGGUAGUUUGAUUAUGAUUCAAAUUAGUCUUGA